UGACACACUAAGCUUUUAUAUAUAAUUUCUUGUCUACUCUAAUCACGAGCUUAGUUUUUAUUGUCACCUCGUCUACUCACACAAACAUUCACAAUGUUAUCCAGCAUGCUACUUAAAACUGUACUUUUACUUAUUAGUACGGUAUUUUACAAUGCUGUUUUUACAAAUGCAGAAAAUCCUGGCUUGAAAGUUCGAUUGUCAGAUAAAGCAUUUCUUUCUGCAACUAAUGCUGCUUUGGUGAUAGCAAAGGAAACUAUCCUCAGUAAACAUAUCCCAGAUCAAAGUGGGAGUGAUGGUCAGAUCAAAUAUCAUGUUUAUGGGAUGAAAUUAACACAAUUCUCAUAUGGCAACCCUUCCGUGAAUUUCGUCCCUGGUAAAGGAACCAAUUUCAAACUGUCUAAUUUUCGCAUCAUACUUCAGGGAAAAAUCCAAAUAAGAUUUUGGUAAGCUAAUUUCGUAUGUAUU